AUGCUGUUAGCUCAUGCAAGUGAUCAGGAGUAUGAUGUACCAUACCAUGUGAGAGUCAUUGACUGCAAGAUUUUUGUGGGAUUAUGGUACUCUGUCAAAGGUGGGGGUACAGGCCCUCCCAUUAUAACACGCCGUGAAGACCUGCUGGUGUGGCCUGGUAUUGUACUUGCUUAUGAUAUUGAGACCACGAAACUGCCUCUCAAGUUCCCUGAUGCAAAUACUGAUCAGAUUAUGAUGAUAUCAUACAUGAUUGAUGGACAGGGUUAUCUUAUAACGAAUAGAGAAAUUAUUAGUGAGGAUGUGGAAGACUUCGAGUAUACACCACGAGCAGAGUUUGAAGGUCCAUUCAUUAUUUUUAAUGAAGCUAAUGAAAUGGCUACUAUUCAGAGAUUCUUUGAUCAUAUUCUAGAGGUGAAGCCUCAUAUAUUUGUGACUUACAACGGAGACUUCUUUGACUGGCCGUUUGUGGAAGCUCGAGCAGCUUUCCAUAACUUAGACAUGUUCAGAGAAAUCGGAUUCUCCAAGACCAGAGAGGGUGUCUACUUUUCACGUCCUGCGAUCCAUAUGGAUUGUCUGUGCUGGGUAAAGAGAGAUUCCUACUUGCCUGUUGGUUCGCAUGGCCUAAAAGCUGUUGCCAAGGCCAAGCUGCGAUAUGAUCCAGUUGAAUUAGAUCCAGAGGAUAUGUGUUCAUUGGCGGCUGAACAACCACAGGUUCUUGCCAAUUACUCAGUGUCAGAUGCAGUGGCCACAUACUACUUGUACAUGAAAUAUGUCCACCCUUUCAUUGUGGCUCUGUGUACCAUUAUUCCCAUGGAGCCAGAUGAGGUUCUCCGCAAAGGUUCUGGAACGCUGUGUGAAGCACUGUUGAUGGUGCAAGCUUACCAUGCCAACAUUGUUUAUCCAAAUAAGAAAGUCGCAGAGCUGAAUAAACUUUCAUCCGAUGGCCAUGUGAUUGACUCCGAAACUUACGUUGGAGGGCACGUAGAAGCCAUUGAGUCAGGAGUGUUCCGUGCCGAUAUUCCUUGCAGAUUUCGAAUGGUUCCAGAAGCUUUUCAGAAGUUAAUGGACAAUGUGGAUCGCACUAUAAAAUUCUGUGUUGAAGUGGAAGAAGGCAUUCCUUUAGAUCAAGUGAUCAAUUAUGAUGAGGUAGUUGAAGAUAUCAAGACAAAGUUAGCCGACUUGCGGGCUCCAUGCCGUUUAGAGAACCCUCUGAUCUACCAUCUCGAUGUAGGAGCUAUGUAUCCUAACAUUAUCCUCACAAAUCGACUCCAACCUUCUGCUAUGGUGGAUGAAACUGUUUGUGCUGCCUGUGAUUUUAACAAACCUGGAGCAACGUGUCAGAGAAAGAUGUCCAUGGAUCUGGAGAGGAGACAUGACCCAGCCUCCCGUAGUGAAUAUCAGCGCAUCCCCGCAGCAGUUAGAGACAGAAAGAUUUCCACCAGCUCAGCCCGGGUGGAACCACAGAGCUUUCCACGAGCUUAA